AUGUCUCCAGGUGAAAAAGUCUCGACCAAACCACGCGUCGUGGCCCUGGGAGACCCGAAGUAUGUCGGUGCAGACUUCCUCGAAGAAUUCCGCAAAGAUUUCGACUUUGAGGUCCUGGACGCUACCAACCGGCAGCAAACGAAGGAGAUGCUCCCGGCGCUUGUUGCUGAGAGGCCUGUAGACGCAUUCAUCAUUCGAAUGGGGACUCCGCCGUACGAGCCCUUUGACGAAGAUCUGCUCAAAGAUCUGCUGCCCGGGUGCAAGAUCAUCACCUCUGCAUCUGCUGGAUUUAACGAAUUCGACGUGGACUGGAUGACAUCCCAGAACGUCUGGUUCUGCAACACGAUCAACGCCGUCGCCGAAGCCACGGCCGACAUGGCCAUGUUCCUCGUCCUCGCGGUGCUUCGAGACACGACGCGCGGCGAGAGACAAGCGCGCGACGGCACGUGGAAAGCCAACAUCGUGCCGGCACGCGACCCGACGAACCUGACGCUCGGCAUCGUCGGCGCCGGAGCGAUCGGCAAGCACCUCGCGCGCAAGGCGGCCGCGUUCAACAUGAAGACGGUCUACCACAACCGCAGACGACUCCCCAGGGACGAGGAGGAAAGGCACGGGUUGUCGACGUACUACGCGACGCUCAACGAGCUGCUGGCGGCGUCGGACGUCGUGUCCAUCAGCUGCCCCUUGAACAAGCAGACCGAGAACCUGAUUUCCACGGCCCAGUUCGCCGCCAUGAAGGACGGGGGUUUCCUGGUCAACACGGCGCGGGGGCCCGUCGUGGACGAGGACGCGCUGAUCGACGCCCUCGAGUCCGGCAAAGUGACACGCGCCGGCCUGGACGUGUUCGCCAACGAGCCUCGCAUCAACGACUACUUCCGCACGAGCGACAAGGUCGUCCUGCAGCCCCACAUGGGCGGGCUGACGGAUCUGGCGUUCCAAAAGUCCGAGAGGGAGUGUUUCGAGAACAUCAGGUCGUUGUUCAAGACGGGGAGGCCGGUCGCGCCGGUGAAUGAGGUCAAGCAGGAACCGGCGGCCAUGCCGUGA